ACUGGACUCACGCCGUGCAUAGGUACAUACACACACGGGACCUGGAUUCGUCUAUCACAUCAUUUCAAACCACCAACAUCCACCGUCUAUCGCACACGCAGACGCACAAACAAUGGCGCUCCUCAGCCUGCUCCCCUCCGACGCCACCAGCACGGCACAAGCGCUCCUCUACGCCCUGACAACGCUCCUCAGCCUCACGCUCCUGCACGCGCUCCUACGCGCCCUCACAUCCCCGCACGUCCGCAUCCCCGGCCCGCCCCUCGCGCGCCUCACCAAGCUCUGGUACCUUUGCCAAAUCCAGCGCGCGGAUUUCCACGGCACGAACAUCGCGCUGCACGCGCGGCACGGGCCGGUCGUGCGCGUCGCGCCGCGCUGGUUCAGCCUCGACGACCCGGGCGCUGUGCGUGCCGUGUAUGGGCAUGGCACGAGGUUUGUUAAGGGCAGCUGGUAUGUCGCUAGUGGUGACCCGGAUGCGUGCGUGGAGGAUAUCUUCUCCGGUAGGGAUGUUGGUGUGCAUGCGGCGAAUAGGAGGAAGGUUGCUGGGCUGUAUGCUAUGAGUAUGCUGGUGCGGAUGGAGGGGGCGGUGGAUGCGACGGUCGCGGUGAUGGAGGCGCGGUUGGGGGAGAUGGCGGGGUGAGUUUUUCUGGCAUUGUGUUUGUUUUGGGUGGGAGCGAGACGGGCUUCGGAGGGCGUUGGCUGAUGUGUCGUGUGCGUUGGUGGUGGUGUAGCAGCCAGGAGCCGGUUGAUCUGCAGCACUGGAUGCAGUGCUAUGCCUUUGACACGAUCGGGCUGAUCACGGUAUGUACGCUGCACCCAGCACCCAGCACCACACAUGGCCCGCAUAAUCCCCCCCCCCAACUAAUAUCCCUACAGCUAAAUAAGCGCUUCGG